GUGCUUCCCGGAGCGCUCUCUUGGGCUGGGUCACAGCGCUGGUCGUGUUGCGUGCGGCCUGUGAGGCAGACGCGGUCAGAGUGGGAGGGAGAGUCCGCACUCGAGAGGUGGAAGAAGACGGGCUGUAGGCUUGGAGAGCCUUAGAGGAGCCAUUUUGCAGGAAGCUGCUGCACAGGCCCAGCCUUCCCCGCUCAGUGUCCAGGGGGCUGCAGAGACGGUCGCACCCAGGAACCAAGAGCAGCCCUGUAAGCAGGAGCCACAGCCCAGGCUGGCCGGGCAGUUCUGUCAGUACAAGUGAGCGAUGCGCCACCUUCCAGGAAGCACCACGGACUUUACAAUAAGCCCACAAGGCCCCCACAAGGGACCUGCAUCAGCCUCCCCAGGGUCUUCAUCAUCACUCUCCUCCCACUGCCGUCAGCCCAGGCUCCUUUGGAAACCUCAGGAUGACUGGUUUGGUUUUGUGUGAACCAACAGAGCUUUACAACAUCUUGAAUCAGGUCACAAAACUAUCCAGAUUAACUGAACCCAACUACCUCUGUUUAUUGGAUGUGCGGUCCAAAUGGGAGUAUGAUGAAAGCCACGUGAUUACAGCGCUCCUCGUGAAGAAGAGGGCAGGCAAAUACCUAAUCCCGGAGUCUGUGGAUCUGGAGUGUGUGGAACACUGUGUGAUAUACGAUAACAACACCAUCUCCCCGGAGCUAAUGCUGAAAGACGACGGCAGUGAUGAUGACGGUGCUGACGACGGCAAGCACAGAUUAGUGCUUGGAGCGGCUGUUGAGUGCGGCAGAACCCUGACCCACCUCACGCGCCACCCCGUCCUUAUCCUGAGAGGAGGCUUCGAGCACUUCUCGGCCAUGUAUCACUUCUUCCGGACACAGAAGAUCAUCUGGAUGCCUCAGGAACUGGAUGCCUUCCAGCCAUACCCUAUUGAGAUAAUGCCAGGCAGGAUCUACCUGGGAAAUUUCAAGCAAGCCUGCGACCCUAAAAUUCAGAAGGAUUUGAAAAUCAAUGCACAUGUCAACAUCUCCAUGGAGACAGGGCCAUUUUUUGUAGGUGACGCCGACAAGCUUCUGCACAUCCAGAUAGAAGAUUCCCUGGAAGCAAACAUUACACCCUUUUUACGCCACCUCUGCCACUUCAUUGAUAUUCACCUGGAGCUCGACUCCGUCAUCCUGGUCUUUUCCACCUUGGGCAUCAGCCGCAGCUGUGCGGCCAUCCUGGCCUUCCUUAUGCAUCGGAACGGGCAGACCCUGAAGCAUGCAGGACCUAAGUUCCCGCACCAGGGACUGAACCUGUGCCUACCUGCAGUGAACGUGUGGAGCCUUAACCACUGGAGCACUAGAGGUCCUGGGCCUACCUCAAGAAGUGUAAAAACAACAUGCGUCCAAAUCGCGCUUUGGUGGCUCAGCUGUCAGAGUGGGAGAAGGUUGUCCUCGGAGACAUCGUCACAGACAUCCAGAAUCCACCCUACUGAUUCUGUGGUCCAGCUAUGGGGCCAGAAGAACCUGACUUGGGGGCUUUUUGUGGGUAGUGGGCCAGGGUAUGUAGCCAAGGAAUAAGAAGGCCUUUGCUGCCUGGA